AUGCUUUUUUAGAACUUUGUUUCCUUGUCACCUGCUUUUCCUAUUUUUGUCUUUCUACUUGGCUUUCUCCUCCACUUGUUGCCACCUCUCCUUGCCCUCAAGGUACAGGGCAGGAUUGGAUAGGGAGGAGCCCAGCUGGGAUAGGGGCGGAGCCACCUGUUCACCACUUGGGUAUUCAGAACCUGACGCAGAAGGAUCUGGCUGUUUAAGCACAGCUGGGGCUAAAGUCCCUAUGGCAUUCCUGCUGGAGGCUAGAAUUCUGACAGACAAUCUGGACUUGGUUUAUUCUGCAAUACAGUGGAUACAAUUUGUUAUGGCUACUCUGAGUAUUAUAGGUUCAAGUUCACUUAUUGCUUAUGCUGUAUUCCAGAAUAUACAGAAAUCUCCAGAGAUGAGGCCACUCUUUUAUCUGAGCUUCUCUGACCUCCUCCUGGGGAUAUGCUGGCUCAUUGAAGCACUUCUCUAUGGAACUUCAGCAGCCAAUAAGGACAUUGUCUGCUAUAACCUGCAAGCAAUGGGACAGAUAUUCUACAUUUCUUCAUUUCUCUACACCGUCAAUUACGUCUGGUAUCUGUACAAAGAACUAAGGAUGAAACACACCCAGAGCGGACAGAGUACAUUUUCCUUGGUUAUAGAUAAUACUUGUCGAGUUGGUCAGAUAGCCAUCAUUUCGUCAAGGUGUAUCCUGAUGCACUCACCGCCAUCAGCCAUGGCUGAACUCCUGCCUUCUGCCAACACAUCAGUCUGUAGAACACUUUAUUUUUAUGGGCUCAUCAUUUUCCUGGCCAGCUUCCUACUCAGCCUCUUCACCAUUGUGGUCUUACUCAUCCAAGCCCAGACUCUGUAUAAGAAGUUUGUGAAAUCAACUGGCUUUUUGGGAAGUGAACAGUGGGCAGCGAUUCACAUCGUAGAGCAGCGAGUACGCUUCUACCCAGUGGCCUUCUUGUGCUGCUGGGGCCCAGCUGUCAUUUUGAUGAUCAUAAAGCUGAUUGAGCCACAGGACACCAAGCUUCACAUGGCCCUCUAUGUACUUCAGGCUCUAACAGCAUCAUCCCAGGGUCUGCUCAACUGUGGAGUAUAUGGAUGGACACAGUACAAGUUCUUUCAACUAAAGCAAGAAACUCGGCGUGAUGCAGACACCCAGACACCAUUAUUAUGCUCACAGAAGAGAUUCUAUAGCAGGGGCCUAGAUCCAUUGGACUCUACCCUUGCUUUUGCUACCAGCACCUCUACUACUCUUUGAAACUAGUACUGGGAUACAGGAACUGCAGUUAUUCCACACUAAAGGAUUGGGAAAAGUGUUGGGGAACAUCUUUAGUCUUUUGGAAAUUAAAGGGAAUAUAGUGCCAUGGUUUAGUAGCCAUUCUAGGUGAAUUGGGCAGGAUCUUUUUAUUAUUUUCAGAUUCACUAGUGAUUCUUAAAGUCUUUGUUCAAGGAGAUGAAGCCACUUUUCAUCUAAGAGAAGGACUUAUUACCUUGGUGAAUAUUAGACUUGUCUAAGUCUUUUCUUAGAAAAAUUAAUUAUAGUUUAUUAUUUAUACAUGCCACUUCCAGGUUCUCUAUUCCAUGGUUUCAAGUGAAGUAGGGUGGCAUACAACAGUUUUCUCAGCUGUCAUUGCUAUGUCUGCCUCUGAGGUUGGACAAAGAAAGUUUCUGUUCUUUGAAGAGGUUUGGAAACUCAGAAUAAGCAAGGACAACUAUCAAAAAAGUGACAGUGAGAUACUCAGAUGCACCAUAGUCUAGUCUCAUAUGUUCAGUGCCAUUCUAAGUCUUGACAGGGACCACCCUACUCUAAAAAAUUAGGGCCAGUCUUUUGAAGUUACAGGGAAUAAUAAGAUUUAAGAGAAAUCAUGACUAGAGGAAACUCUAGGAAUCAAAAACUCUAAAAUGUCCUUUACAAGCAGAAGUCCUAAGAAGGUUUAAUAGUGCUGAAAAUUGAAUUAGGUUUAACCAUUUGAACUUGCCAUUUUUGUAGGUGAAAAUGGUCUCAUAUCAAUUUUACAUGGUUCAACUUAACAGAGCUAAAUAUGUUUAUAGAAUAAAUGAAUAAAUGAAUGAAUGACUAGUAAGUAGAAUUUGAACCUUUUGGGGGGCAAAAAGAUUCCUAGACUAGAGCCUCAUUUAUGGGUUGGAAUAUCUAAUCUGUUUCUUCUUGAAUCACAUAACAAGUAAUGUUUGAUCUUUCUAGUUAGGUUAUGAACAAGUCCAAUCUGAGGCUUGUUCUAUGAUGCCAAAACAAAGGGGAAAGCCAGGUGGACAAAACUGACUGGAAUGAUAAAAUAUUUAGAACUCAUAACCAUAUGAUUCUCACCUGAUAAAUUCCUUGGUCUGUCCAAUGCAAAAUCCUUAAGAUUAAAGAAAAUCGACAUGGGAGAUUACAAUGGGGGAUUUGAUAGGAUACUCUGAAAAGGAAGUUCCAGAGAGUUUUCCAAAGGAGCUCUCCAUAGAAAUUUCAGGGAGCUCAAUAAUAGCUCUUUAGAUUUUAGGCCAUGAGUUUCAGCCUUACUAUGGAGGAUAACAUGUCCUUGUUCUGUCAACAUUACAUCUUGAGUCUUCUCAUUGCCCCAAAGCUCCGGAAAGCUGAUUUCUGGGUAGCACAGAACAAGAAAGACUGCCUCAUCCAGGGAGCUACUUUACCUUUUUUUAAUUUAAAAACUAACAAGAAUUUGGGAUAUAGAAAGACAGAUGGAAGCAAGAAAGUAUUCCCAUCUCCAUAGACCUUGAGGGACACCAGAACUAAGGAGUCAACUCCUUAAAACAUCCUUUUAAUAUUACUUCAUAUGUGGAUUAAUUAUCAGAAAGAUGGCAAUUACCAAAUAUUUGUCAGAUUUGUUCAUUUUGCUUCUGCAAGAUGAAUCUUUUGCAUUGACACUGGUCUUAAAUCUUCUAUGGAUGUAGGCAAACAAAAGAAUAGUGGAAAUGAGAAGUGAUAAAAGGCUAAGAAAGACCUAGGUUAGGCUGAUCAGUAUUUUGUCAUACUGAGAGUCAGAGGGGACACAUGAACCUGGGCCACUAUUUAAACUGUACCCCAUAACCCUUGAAUUCAUAAGGCGCUUAGACAUAGACACAGUGGCAGUUUUUAAAAUUGUUGCAAAUACCCCUCCCAUGACAUGAGGUCAGGUUGCAGUCAUAGUGAAAUAUAGUAGUAUCUUAGCAGGUUUGAUUUAUACAGAUCUUCUGUGGUGUCAGGGCCAGCCUGACAGGUUGAGCCAGGCUGAGGUAGGGAGGUGGGAAUUGAGAAAAGAAAGAAAGACAGGAAAGCGGGAUCAGGAGGACUGCAGCUCAAUCGAGGAACUGCAGCAAGUUUAUUAACCACACAAUGCUAUUUAUACACAAGACACUGAAUAGGAGGUCUGUCAAGAGGAAUGUAUUCUUUGUUCCUCUUAACCUCUAAGGGAGGGACAGAGCAGAAGGACAAAUUCUCGGUACAGCAAAUCUCAGUAAAUAGUUACAGACUUCUUGGUAAGCCAUGAAAGGCUGUUCUCAUUCUACAGAGGUUGCUCUCAUUCUACUGAUAACCGCCAUCCAAACAAGUCUGGGAAAACUGUGUGGGUAAGGGUCCCAGCCUUGCUAGCCCCUUCAGGUGCAAGGACCUUGUUAACUUACACCUGGUCUCCAACACGGUGGACCACCUAGGCUACCAUCCUUCAACAACUUCUCAUUAGCCCUGUCUGUGGCUAAAAAAAAACACAUCUCUGCACUCCAACACCAUGUGACUUGCAUGAGGAACUGAAUGUUUGAUGUUUUUCAAUGUAUGGGAACUUUUAGAUGUUUUCACAUAGCAGCCUACCACAUUUUAUAUCACACUUGCUGAGGACCUUAAAAAUCCCUUUAGAUUUACUGCCACAGUUUCUAGACCUGUCCUGUCUCUCUUGGUAUUCAUGUGAUAAUACUAACUUUCAUGAGCAACCUCUGUGCCCUUUACAGAGAUUUUUAACACACUGAUUCUCUAGGCUUUGCCACCAGCCCUGAUUACAAUAACCUUGUUAUUUGCCAGGAGCGCCAUCUUGCUUGUAGGUAUUUAUCUGCACUAUGUCUGCACCUUGCUUGUAGGAAUUUGUCUGUAAUGGAAGUACCAUUACAGUAUUCUUGGAGCUCUGAAGUGGCAAGGUUUAGUUGCCUUUGAAAGUCAGUAGUUCUUGCAGCAGGAUCCAAAUGUACAAACUGAACCCUUCAGCCAGCAUGAGGGCAGACAACAGUGAUUUUUUUGAUAAUCAAGGACACUGCCAUAAUCACAUUCUUCUUCUUUUUCCACUCUUUUAUUCCCACUAUAUGAAUUUCCAAAGGAACUUUGGAAGUAAGAUUUAUGAAAUAGGCAGUCCCUUCUGUGCUUAUGUAACAGCUGGUGGAAGUAGUGGAGGCUGUUACAUAAACCUAAAAAAUGCAGUUGCUGAGGCCCAUAUUUACAGUAAUAAGUUUGUAUAAAAUGUCUGGCCAUGACAUUUGCAGGCCACAUGAUCAUGCUUCAUUCUCAAGUUGUGGCUACGCUCGUGAGCCAUGAGAGUUGCGUAAUGUGGCAUAUCUUCAUGAGAGAAAGAUUCAAAACUUGUUGCAUUCUAAGUAGUGCAGAUAUCUCUGAGAAAUGAAUGGCCUUGGUGCUUCCCAAGACUUUGGCCAAUAAUCAUCAUCAUGUUUCAGUCUUUUCAAAAUAUGCUAGUCUCUCCAGAAAUGAAAAAUUUGAAGUACUCCCUGAACAGUCAGGGAGGUGUUCAUUAGGUUUUUCUCUGUCCAUAUGUGUACUCUAGUAAAUACUGCUUUCACAUUUAGCUCCUUCAUGUACCUGUUGACCAGGGCAUGGGUAUCCGUUAUAUCCUAUUGUCUUGGUAACACUAUUCUUUUGAAUCGCUUAUUGUCAACAACAAUGACUUUUUAACAUAUUUGGGAAAUGUCCACAUUUGGGUAUAGUAUCUGAGGAGGGUUCUAUUCUGCUCUGAAAUUGUGAAGUGGUUAAGAGCUCAUCCUUUUUAUCUUCACAAGACCUGAUUUUAAAGAUAGGCUAUAAAUCACAUGCUCAAAAUUCUUUGAAGUAUAGGCUAGAUGAGAAAGAAUGCCAUGUAAAGUCAAGAUUCCCUUUAGCCCUGAGCAAGUGCCGAGAGUUGCAAGAGAAUCCAGAUCACCCUCUGAAUACCCAGUCAUCCUGAAUAAAAGGCAUGUCCAAGCCCAGUUUCCUAGUUUGAAGUGUAUAAAUAGGGAGGUUCUUGACAAAUAAUCCUUUAUUUUGCUUCAAAUUAAUAAUUUACCAUUUUUACUGUAUGAGCAGAUAGGUCAUAGGCCACAUCUGCUUUUUCUUACCAUUGUCUGAACAUCAUUAGAUUCCUAGGGAUGAGUAUCUACUAAUAAAGAUGCAUCCCUUGAAGUAUAGUUACUAUUAGCAAUAAGAUGACAUGUAGUUUAAUAUGGGAAUGGCCCAUUCUCAAGCAUCCUACCUGGGAAGUUCUGAAAGAAAAAUCAGUUCAAAUCUUAUCCCUGACCAUUUGAUUUCAUAGAAGAAAGGGCAGGGAGGGAGGCAAAGUAAAUAAUUUGGAUUAUCAUUGUCAUGGCCCAAGUGAAAUAGCUAGUGAUCCCAUACCUCUGUCUCUCAUUUGCAUUCCCUGGAACCCAAAUCUUUGUCUGAGACACAGUUGUUUGGCCAGACCUCAAAGCUAUGCCAGUUUGGACAGUGUUAUAUUUCUCCCCAGUAGAGUAACUAACCCUGCCAGAAAUUGGAAGGCAUGCAUACUAGAAGGACAGUUGCUCCCAUCCCUGAGUAUUAUAUGAGGACAACUGCCGUUUGACUGUGUCUCUUCCUAUUCCUGUUGUCGCUCUUCCUUUAGGAGUGUCCUUACUUUGCAACCUCCUGCAAAGAACAAGGUUUGGUAUUCCUUAGCUGUGGUCCUGCUAUCUUUAUUAAGGGGGUAUACCAAGGGGAGGAAAAUUUCAGAGGUCCAACCAGUACUGUGACCCAGAAUCAAG